CCGCCAACAUCACGACGUGCCGUUCGUGUCUCGCGAACGUUGGAUUUACACGCAUUCGGCUCACCUCACCCUUCCACCGUCGUCGCUAUCACCUCGUUCGUCGGUGUCCGAUCGGCGGACCCGACAUCGAUCGAGGAAAGAAAUCGUCGAUCUUUGCCCCCUUUCCGGUAGUGAUUUUCGCGUAUCGUAUCGUAAUUUUUGAAUUUGUCGAUCGAUUUUGAUACAACGGCAUUUAAUAUACAACGACGACUACGUCCGUAUUUGGGGAGUGCGACAGUGUACUUACAAUAGUGCUCCGAUCGACUCGUUAGGAUGUGAAUCGCGCGAUCGCGAAUGAUUGAAUGAAUGGCGAUUCGUUCGCUAAAACGUCUCUCGCCUCUGCGUCUCAGAGUGAACGUUUUCGCGAUCGAUGGAGCGGAUCGAAGUGACUGAUUGCGAGGUGACGAUGGAAUAAACGCGCGUGUCGUUUGUUAUUCGGAUCGUCGCGACGGUGCUCUCCCUAUUCUCGACGAGAGGAGCCGUGAGAUACGGCGGCGUUGAACAACCCUGCGACGGGGACAUGGACCGGAAGUGACUGCACCGUGCGUGUCGCCGUCAUUGCGGUAAACGGCGCGUAAAAGUGCGCGUAACCAUCGAGUCGCACGAGGUACGGAUUUUCCCGGAUCUAUUGUGCCGCUAGGAGGAUUCCCUCCUCCGGGAAAAUUCGGCGGAGAUUCAGGAGGACUGCGCAUUGCGCUCGCAGCGAGAUUUUGAUGCGUUCCCGGGAGCACUCCCUCGUCCUAAGAAGUUCGUACGCAGUGUUUCCUUAAAGUGUAGUUCCGAGAUCCGAAACAGCGACCAGAAGUGUCCUAUCCAGAUAUGGAUAAUGAAAAUGGAUCGCCACGCGUUGCGGGUUUCCCGCAGAAGUGGUGAAAAGGCGGGGAUGUGCAAACGUGAGAAAUCCGAUAUUUCUAAAGAGAUGUAUAUCUAAAGAAAGGGCUCGAGUACUAUUCAUCAUGAGGAUACUCUGGAUCGUGGUGGGCAUUCUAUUCGAGAUACACUUGUAUUUUACAGUAAGCCAGGCCAAGCAUCAGCAGAACUCAAGUGCCAAUAAUGCAAUCGCCCCAUUGAAUGUCCCGGAGAGUAAAAAUGAAGAUGUUCUUGAAGGCCCAAUUGGAGAGGUGCUGGCUCAAAGUGGUAGCACGGCAGUUUUACCAUGUAAAAUUACCGAUCCUGGAGCUGGAACCAUUACAUGGGUGAGGAGAAGAGACAGACAGUUGUUAACAGUUGGUACCAGCACGCACUCCAUCGACAAAAGAUUUGUCAUUAGGCAUUCGAGCACCGAUUGGCAGCUCACUAUACGUGCCGUAACGGUGGACGAUGCUGGCAUCUAUGAAUGUCAGGUGACGUCGCAUCCGGUACAGCGAAACUUCGCCCGUUUGAAGAUCACGGAAGCGUUCUCGAUAAUACCAGGUGCGCCUGAUUUGCACGUGAAGCAAGGCUCGAGCCUCCGUUUGGAAUGCCAACUUAUAGCGGCCACGGAAAAGCCUCUUUACGUCUUCUGGUAUCGUCAAGGCCGUAUGAUAAAUUACGACGAGGAGCCCGGCGUCGACGUCAAGCUCACGUCGAGCGGCUCCAUUUUGACAGUGAACAAAACGAAGCUUACGCAUAACGGCAACUACACGUGUGCGCCUAGUAACGCCAAGGCGGCGUCUGUCAUGGUCCACGUGAUUGAAGAAGAGGAGAAGCCAGCGGCGAUGCACGGGGGUGACAGAAGGAACCUCAGCCCGGCAAUUUUGGCGAGUAACUUUCUAGUGUCCCUUCUAGCGGCCGUCAGCUGGAGGAUACCGAGUUUCACGAACCUUUACCCGACGUGAAUUACCGCCGUCCCUCCGGCGGCGGCACUUUACUGUCCCUCUGCGACGAGGGUCCCUCCGUCGAGGAAACGAGUUCCCGGGUCAUCGUUUUGCUGCUCGGCGCGGCGCGAUCCCAAGAAGAAACUCCAUUCAUGGGGAUUGUGCGCAAUGUGGUGCACCCACAAACUCGGCGAUACCUUACUCGGUUUACCUUGUAAAACGUGUGUUUUUCUUGCGUAUAUUAAAUAAACGCAGUUCGGGUGGUAGUCGCGAUAUGCGCGCUCGGCUCUCGUGUCUCGUCUCUGACAGUGUCCUGUGAGCUCAAAGGUUGUCAGCGAGUCUGUCAGUUUGUUUAGUGCACACAUCGGUGAGACAUCCACUCUUCAACUCCCCCUCAUUCCUUUAUCUACUUCUAUCUUGGCCCGUUCUCGCGCGAGUGCCGCGUAAAUGUGCUUGGCCGGACGAUUGUAUUCCGUUUUGGAAUUGAGGUAGCGAUUUACUGUAGGAUAUGUUUUAUUCUAAUACACAUACACACACGUACAUACAUAUACACUUUCUCGUGUAAUCUCCGUCUCUCAUUGCGUGCGAGGUUACAAUCCAAGCUCCUGUCCACGCGACAUUUCCA